CAAUGAGCUCUCUCCUCACAGUGUCCCUCUCUCUGCCUCCCUCACUCUCCGGCGAGUCCUGGUCAGCGCCGUUCUUGUUGGCGCCAUUCUCAUCGGUGCCAUCUUGCCUCCUCGAGUCUUCCUCAUCGUUUGCCCCAUCGCCGUGUUCUUCCUCUGCUCAUUCAACCAUUAUCGCAGAUUGUCGCACCCCUGUCUAGAUCUGCUAUUGCGCGUUGUUCCUUUCUCAGCGCCGCCUCCUGUAGUAACUUCUUCUCCGGUAACAACAGCAGUCUUCUGAUUAAGCAGAUUUUCUCCUUCAGUCAAGAUCGUUGCAUCGCUGUCCAGAUCCACCGUUGCUCAUCGUCCGAAUCCUCUGGUGAAGCUGACAGGUCAGGUUUUAGGUACGCCACUUUCUUCUUGAGGAAUCGAGCAUCGAUUCCAGUGUUCUUUUUUCCUUGCGAAGGAGCUGGUGCAACUAAUGCAUCCUGGUGAUCUUGAAUUACAGGACAAUAAAGACAACACUGCCUUUUGCUUUGUUGCAACAAUUGGGAUUGAGGUUGAAAUUAAAGUGAAAGUCUGUAAAGAUUGUGGAGGUUCUGGUAAAUGUUCAGAGUGCAAUGGAGAAGGAUUCGUGCUCAAGAAACGAUCCGACGAAAGAGCAGAGAGGGCAAGAUCACAAGCGAAGAACAUGGCUACUCGAUUCACAGUAAGCUUCCAAAGAAGUGGAGCUAUUGUACAAAGUGCUCUUCUAGCAGAUCCUGUUCAACCUGUGAUGGAACUGAAAGUGUUGGAGAGAAAUGAUGGUGGAGAACAUUUUCCAUUAUAUGACAUCUGCUUAGGUUUUGAACUCAUAACAAUGAUUGUAAGUGGGGAAGCAAAUGAAAACUUGGAUGAAGUGGUGGCUCUUCCUAAAGACAUUCAUACUGAGUUCAGGUUGCACUUUAGGAGCCAGACAAGGAGGCAUGGAAGAGCCUUAGUUUUCUCAAGGGUUUUUUCCACUUUAUGUAAAUGGAAUUUUUUUCUUUGCUUGUUUUUUUGCAUACGUUUGGGGCCAUUGGCUAUAAAGUCAUUAAUGUACAUUUGAAUUGUGGAUCAUAAAUUUGAUGUAUUUAUGAA